GUCGACGCCCGGAGGCUUUCCGGAUCCUACGGUCAGGAUUUCAUCGAUAGCGGCGGACCGUUCGGCACCUCCUUUUCCUCUUGCGCCUGCCUUUUAAUUAGGCCUACCCUGCGCCCGGAUUUUCCGUGAACAAACCCCUCAUCGCGGAUGGCUUACUUACAAGAGGUGCCCCUGGCAGCAGGUCUGCUCACCGCGCUCGCCUCCGCUCUUCCCACGCCGACCCCCACACCGUAUCACUUUCCAUCCUCGUCCCAACCUUCUCCUACGUUCACACCGAGCCCCGGAUCUGACGAUGGCGGAGGCGGAAGCGGUGGAGGAAUGCAUGAAUGGUCUUCCCUGAUUGGUAUCGUGACUGCGCUGGCUGGCAAUGUGUUGAUUUCCUUAGCUCUCAACAUCCAGCGUUACGCUCAUAUCCGCAUUGAUAAGGAGUGGGAGCAAGAUAAGUUAAAGCAGGAGCUGGAUUGGAAACGGGCAAGCCAUGGCCAUGGCAGCACGGGUGCAUAUGGGACUGUCGAUGACAGUGACAUCGACGGAGAAGUGAGGCGAGGAAGGAACCAUGCGUCUCAACAGGGUCGUUACCGAGACGAAUCCCCAAGUUCUGAGCCCGAUCAUUAUGAAGAACCCCGCGGCCACUCUGGACGGAAUGGCCGCUACAGAGACGACGACGCGGACUCACAAGAUCAUAUGCAAGAUUCCAUGAUGUCCGACCGGACUGCAAGGCCAGGCAGUGAUCGUUUGCGCCGCAAGUCAUAUCUCCGUUCGCCGUACUGGUGGGUAGGAAUUGUGCUCAUGUCUCUUGGUGAGGUCGGAAAUUUUAUGGCCUAUGGAUUCGCCCCGGCAUCUAUCGUGUCACCACUAGGCGUUGUCGCUCUCAUUUCGAACUGCGUCAUUGCGCCUUUCAUGCUCAAGGAGAAAUUCAGACAGCGCGACUUGUGGGGAGUUCUUAUCGCCAUCGCGGGAGCGGUGGUGGUUGUUCUCAGCGCAAAGUCAUCAGAAGAGAAGAUCGGUCCCCAUGACAUCUGGGAGAUGAUCACACGCUGGGAAUUUGAGCUGUAUAUGGGCGUCUCUGCUGGAUUGAUUGUUGGGUUGAUGUACACAAGCGCCAAGUAUGGAUCACGAACGAUCCUAAUCGACGUUGGAUUGGUGGCAUUGUUCGGUGGUUAUACUGCUUUGUCGACAAAAGGUGUCUCGUCAUUAUUAUCCUUUACGCUGUGGCAUGUCAUCACAUUCCCGGUGACCUAUCUACUGGUCUUUGUCCUUAUAUUCAGCGCGCUUAUGCAGAUUCGGUACAUCAACCGAGCCCUGCAACGAUUUGAUUCCACUCAAGUUAUCCCAACCCAGUUUGUACUUUUCACGCUCUCCGUGAUCAUCGGAAGUGCCGUGUUGUAUCGGGACUUCGAGUCAUUCACCGCCGAGCGUGGAAGCAAAUUUGUGGGUGGCUGUCUUUUGACGUUCUUGGGGGUUUACUUCAUCACCAGUGGUCGAGUACGCGCGGACACCGAAUCAACUUUCUCCGUCGAUGACGAAGAAGAGGCUAUCGGCUUGCUGUCAGGAGAACGUUAUCGUGAUAGCGUGGACAUGUCUCCUCCUGGUCCUCAAGGAAAAGCCCUUAAGACAGGGCGAAAGCCCCGCACUGCCCCGGAUGAUCGUCUACAGUCUCCUUCAGGGUCACUCCUUAGCCACGGUAUUGAAGAUGUGGAUGACAACCAGGGGACCCCCAGGGGCGUCUUGUCAGCUGCACCAUCUUCCCCAGGCGGCUCGUUGACCGCCGAAUCUCUCGAACAGCCGUCUUCCGAGCCGUCGUCUCCCCUGCAUGCUCGUUCGCUCCUGACAAAUCCAUGGGCCGACUCUCUGGAAUCAGCCAUUCAAACCCCAAAUACCGAGCCUGCCAUUAUCCAUCGUCCUGCCACACCUCCCACGCAGUCGGCCCCUGCCGCUCACGAGUCACCGUUUCUUCUCCGCUUCCCCCCUGCGCCUGGCGCUGAGGACGGUGAUCUGGAAGGCCCAACAUCAGGACACGGACGGACACAAUCGAAUGUCCGAAAAGCCGUCGUGCCGCAGACUCCGCCAGCCCGACAUCUACGCAAGUCCAUCUCGAAGUUCUCUCCUGGACCCCUUCUUCCGACAAUAUCAGCUGGGUUCAGUGCAGUAGUGGCCGAGACACUUCGCCGCGGCGAGAUCAGUCCUAACAAAGGCCGGAAACUGCAACAUCGGAUGAACCGGCGAAAGCAGCUAAGUACGACGGUUUUGGAAGGAUUUCCUCGCACUAGGGGCCGGGAGGCGACAGAUCCGGGGUACGAGUCGGAUGAGAAUGCUGAAGAUGGUCACGACCUUCGAUUCCCCGGACCUAUCGGUCGCCUUCGAACUCGUGGUGACCUUGCCACCGCUCCAUUGAGUACCGGAAUAUUGACUCCGGCUGCUGAUUCUGAGGACGGACCUAGCGAUCAGCGCACGAAUGAUACCACCUCAAUCUCGCGGCUUCGGAGCCUAAGUGACUCAUGGAGCGGAGGUCUAGCGUGGCUCGGUGGCGUUCUCCACAAGCCUGGUGCGAACAGAGGGUCGGGGAAUCCGACGAGCAUCCGAGAGAAUGAAUAUGAACAUAGCAUGGACUCUCCGAGUAACCAAGAAGGGCAGGAUACCGACGCAGAUACGCGGGCGUAAAUUGAGCUCUGAGGGUGACCGGCUCCCACUUCUUGUUAGUACAUACCUUU